ACACUGCCCUCCGCAGCUGGAGGCAGCUUUGCAAAGGCCACUCGGCCUCGGCCUCCGAGGCUAGGGGUGGGGGCUGGGGGGCAGGCCUCCAGCGCACCCUCCUACAGAGUCCUUCCGGAAGGAGAGAAAUAGUGUAGGCUCUACUCAUCUUCCUCGCUAGCUCAGUCCAACAAACUACAUUUCCCAGAGGACAUCGUGGCGUGACCUAUCUCUUGCGGCAUUGGUUCAUCUGACUGCCACCAGUCCCGCCUCCUCAGCGUGAAAUCAUGAAGGUGGUGAACUUGAAGCAAGCCCUUUUGCAAGCCUGGAAGGAGCGAUGGAGCGACUACCAGUGGGCAGUCAACAUGAAGAGAUUCUUUCCAAAAGGAGCCACCUGGGACAUUCUCAACCUAGCAGAAGCACUACUGGAGCAGGCCAUGAUUGGACCUUCCCCCAAUCCUCUCAUCCUGUCCUACCUGAAGUAUGCCAUUAGUUCCCAGAUGGUGUCCUACUCCUCUGUCCUCACAGCUAUCAGUAAGUUUGAUGACUUUUCCCGGGAACUCUGUGUCCAGGCUUUGCUGGACAUCAUGGACAUGUUUUGCGACCGACUGAGCUGUCACGGCAAAGCGGAGGAGUGCAUCGGGCUGUGCCGGGCCCUUCUCAGCGCCCUCCACUGGCUACUGCGCUGCACUGCAGCUUCUGCGGAGCGGCUCCAAGAGGGUCUGGAGGCUGGCACUCUAGCCGCUGGAGAGAAGCAGCUUGCCAUGUGCCUGCAGCGCCUGGAGAAGACCCUCAGCAGCACCAAGAACCGGGCCCUUCUCCACAUCGCCAAACUAGAGGAGGCCUCAUUGCAUACAUCCCAGGGACUUGGGCAGGGUGGCACCCGAGCCAAUCAACCAACAGCCUCCUGGACAGCCAUCGAGCAUUCUCUCUUGAAGCUUGGGGAGAUCCUGGCUAAUCUCAGCAACCCCCAGCUCCGGAGCCAGGCUGAGCAGUGUGGUACACUCAUUAGGAGUAUUCCCACAAUGCUGUCUGUGCACUCCGAGCAGCCGAACAAGACUGGCUUCCCCACGGUCCACGCACUGGUCCUGCUUGAGGGCACCAUGAACCUGACAGGCGAGACGCAGCCACUGGUGGAGCAGCUGAUGAUGGUGAAACGCAUGCAGCAUAUCCCCACCCCACUGUUUGUCCUGGAGAUCUGGAAAGCGUGCCUCGUGGGGCUCAUUGAGUCUCCUGAGGGUACGGAGGAGCUCAAGUGGACAGCUUUUACCUUCCUCAAGAUUCCACAGGUCCUGGUGAAAUUGAAAAAGUACUCUCACGGGGACAAGGACUUUACCGAGGAUGUCAAUUGUGCUUUCGAGUUCCUCCUGAAGCUCACACCCUUGCUGGACAAAGCUGACCAGCGCUGCAACUGUGACUUUACGGACUUCCUCCUUCAAGAAUGUAGGAAGCAGGGGCUUCUGUCUGAGGCCAGUGUGAACAACCUUAUGGCCAAGCGCGCAGCAGACCGGGAGCACGCACCUCAGCAGAAAUCGGGAGAAAACGCCAACAUCCAGCCCAAUCCUGGGCUGAUCCUCCGUGCAGAGCCCACCGUCACCAACAUCCUCAAGACGAUGGACGCAGACCACUCCAAGUCCCCAGAGGGCCUACUGGGGGUCCUGGGCCACAUGCUGUCUGGGAAGAGUCUGGACUUGUUGCUGGCUGCAGCCGCUGCCACUGGGAAGCUCAAGUCCUUCGCCCGGAAGUUCAUCAACUGUUCUGCCCCUGCUGUGCCUGACGCGACCUGUCUCCAUUCCCUCCACAGUUUGAAUGAAUUCACAACACACGGCAGCGAAGAAAGCACCAAACCUGCCUCUGUGCGGGCCCUGCUCUUUGACAUCUCCUUCCUCAUGCUCUGCCACGUGGCCCAGACCUACGGCUCGGAGGUGAUUCUGUCCGAGUCGAGCACUGGGGCGGAGGUGCCCUUCUUUGAGACCUGGAUCCAGACCUGCAUGCCCGAGGAGGGCAAGAUCCUGAACCCUGACCACCCCUGCUUCUGGCCGGACUCCACCAAAGUGGAGUCCCUCGUGGCUCUGCUCAACAACUCCUCGGAGAUGAAGCUGGUGCAGAUGAACUGGCAUGAAGCCUGUCUCAGCAUUUCGGCCGCCAUCUUGGAAAUCCUCAAUGCCUGGGAGAACGGGGUGCUGGCCUUCGAGUCCAUCCAGAAAAUCACCGACAAUAUCAAGGGGAAGGUGUGCAGCCUGGCGGUGUGCGCCGUGGCUUGGCUCGUGGCCCACGUGCGGAUGCUGGGGCUGGACGAGCGGGAGAAGUCACUGCAGAUGAUCCGCCAGCUGGCAGGGCCCCUGUACAGCGAGAACACCCUGCAGUUCUACAACGAGAGGGUGGUGAUCAUGAGCUCCAUCCUGGAGCACAUGUGCGCUGACGUGCUGCAGCAGACGGCCACGCAGAUCAAGUUCCCGUCCACGGGCAUGGAUGCGAUGCCCUACUGGAACCUGCUGCCCCCCAAGCGGCCCAUCAAGGAGGUGCUGACAGACAUGUUUGCCAAGGUGCUGGAGAAGGGGUGGCUGGACAGCCGCUCCAUCCACAUCUUUGACACCCUGCUGCACAUGGGAGGCGUCUACUGGUUCUGCAACAACCUGAUUAAGGAGCUGCUGAAGGAGACGCGCAAGGAGCACACGCUGCGGGCCGUGGAGCUGCUCUACUCCGUCUUCUCCCUGGACAUGCAGCAGGCGACGCUGGUCCUGCUGGGCCACAUCCUGCCCGGCCUGCUCACCGACUCCUCCAAGUGGCACAGCCUCAUGGAUCCCCCCGGCACAGCUCUCGCCAAGCUGGCUGUCUGGUGUGCUCUGAGCUCCUAUUCUUCCCACAAGGGGCAGGCAUCCUCCCGCCAAAAGAAGAGACAUCGGGAAGACAUCGAGGAUUACAUCAGCCUCUUCCCCCUGGAUGACAUGCAGCCCUCAAAGCUGAUGCGGCUCCUGAGCUCCAAUGAGGAAGAUGCCGCCAUCCUCUCCAGUCCCACCGACCGGUCCAUGAGCAGCUCCUUGUCGGCCUCCCAGCUCCACACAGUCAACAUGAGGGACCCGCUGAACCGCGUCCUGGCCAACCUCUUCCUGCUCAUCUCCUCCAUCCUGGGCUCGCGGACCGCCGGCCCGCACACGCAGUUCGUGCAGUGGUUCAUGGAGGAGUGCGUGGACUGCCUGGAGCAGGGCAGCCGCGGCAGCAUCCUGCAGUUCAUGCCCUUCACCACCGUAUCAGAACUGGUGAAGGUGUCGGCCAUGUCCAGCCCCAAGGUGGUUCUGGCCAUCACGGACCUCAGCCUGCCUCUGGGCCGCCAGGUGGCUGCCAAAGCCAUUGCCGCGCUCUGAGGGGCCCGGAUGGGAGGGCCCCGGCCCCAAGUUCCUCGAAAGGAACAGUGAGGACAGAUGAGGCAUCAUUGCUCACACUCCAUGAUGUAAGAGCCCCUGUUAGUUUCCAGGCCUUUCCCCGAUCCCUGACAUCUGACCGUUAGGAUGUCUCCCCAUCUCCUUCUUUCAUAAUUUCCUCUUCCCGCUACCACUGCCUGAAUAGCGGGAGCCGCCUGGUUCCUUAGCUCAGGCCGGCCUCAGCACGCCACAGCCCUCCGGGCACCCCGAGGAGCUGUGUGGGUGCAGACGUGUAUAUGUGUGUAUAUGUGUAUUAAAAGUUUUUUCAUAAUUCA